AAUCCCAAUCCCAACAAAUCCCUAUUCCCCACGUUUUAGUAAAAUUCCACUGCUCUUCAACAUUUUAUACUAAAUUAAAUUAAUUAAUCAUCCUCACCCAGCCCUAUAUAUAUCCCCAGUCCCGUCUUCGUUUCCCGUCGAAACUCCAAUGCCAUGACAUUCUGACCUCGAAGUUGUUUUCGUUUUUUUUUUAAUUUAUUUAUUGUCAAAAAAAGGAGGGGGAAUGAUCAUAGGCUUUUGUAAGAGCGUACAUACCUUGCUAGGGUUUCCGGAUCCAGGGGAACGCCGGACCCCGCCGGUGGCUCCGCCGCCGCCGACCCUGUCGCGGUGCCGGAGUAUUUCAUCGCGCGACGGCGAGGGGCUGAGGAUCAUUGCCGGGGAGACGGCGAAGCCGGCGAACCUGGUGGAGAAGAUGGGCUCAGGGAGGCCGCCGGCGAAGCCCGAUCCCGGCGCCCGGGGCCUCCACGAGUGCUGCUACGACGACGGCCUCGGGCUCUGCACCGAGAGUCUCGGGUCCGAGAGCUGCUGCGACGGCAGCGUGAUGGCGGGGGAAAAGGAGCCGGCGGUGGAGCUGGAGGAGAGCUCUUCCGGCACCGAUGAGGCGGAGGCGGGCCGGAGAUCCAGGAGGGGGAGAUCCAGGGGGCGGAGGGAGGAGAGGGUGUUCCCACCGCCGCUGAGUUGGCUAGUCGGGAAUGGGGGGCGGCGGAGCAAAUAUCUGGUGCCGGAGAGGAAGGACGGACGGCUGGUGAUCAAGUUGAAGACCUUCGAUUGGCCAGAGAUCUUCGCCACCACGCGCGAGGACGGGCGGCUCUUGUUGCAUCUGAUCGAACCCGAGACAGAGGGAGAGGAGGAAGGGGAGGCGGAGGCGGAGGUGGCGCCAUCGGCGGAGGAGGAGGACGGUGAUAGGGGGGAGACGUGGGAGUGGAGGAUGGGGGAAAUAGAGGGAGUACGGCGGUGCCAAGGGUCGGUGAGCAGUCACGAGGUUCUGCCGCCGUGGUGGAAUCAGCAGUUCGUGACGACGGCGUGAGGUCAGGGGGUCGCGCUGUGGUCACCUCUUUUCGCCAGGCUGGCAGGGUUGGUGGGGUUUUCGAGGUCGUAAGUCGUAACGUUCCGGAGGGCUGACGGCGGAGCAAACGACGUGCACAUAUUCACUCAGUGUUGGACCUUCUUGUUGAUACCUCGUCUCUGGAAUAUUCGCCCCAACGACCCCCCCGCUCUCUCUCUCUACAAGAAAUAAGAAAUGAUAGUAUUUUAGGGACCCAACAAUUUUGGCAAUCAAUAAAUAGAUUUUUUUAGGGUUCUCCAAGAAUAUUGUACUUUUUUAUUUUCUUUUGUUUUUUUCUUUUUGGUUGAUGUUUCACUUUUUUGUUUCCGUGCAUUGUAGACAAUAUUCCAGGUCAUGGUUUUUAGUUAUAAAAACAAUUAUUUGAAUUGUUUAGGUGUUAUUUUGUUAUAAUCGCUCUGGUAUAAAGCGAGGAGUAGUCAUUAUUUGAAUAAAAAAUCUUU